GCCCAAAAUUAGUUAAGGCCCAAAUUGAAACUAGGGUUUUUAGUUAUUUUCAUCACUACAAGGAGGGGAGCAGAGUGAAGGGGAGUAAGGUCGGCUUAAGCUCUCAGCAAUCAUGGGUAUCUCAAGAGAUUCUAUGCACAAGAGACGUGCCACUGGUGGCAAGCAGAAAACUUGGAGGAAGAAGCGAAAGUACGAGCUUGGACGUCAACCAGCUAAUACCAAGAUUUCCAGUAACAAGACAGUCAGACGAAUUCGUGUGCGUGGUGGUAAUGUGAAGUGGAGGGCACUGAGGUUGGAUACUGGAAACUAUUCAUGGGGUAGUGAGGCAGUCACACGCAAGACUCGUAUCCUUGAUGUGGUUUACAAUGCCUCGAACAAUGAGCUUGUCCGUACACAAACUCUUGUGAAGAGUGCAAUUGUUCAAGUUGAUGCAGCACCAUUUAAACAGUGGUACCUCCAGCACUAUGGUAUUGACAUUGGUAGGAAAAAGAAGGGGGCCGCUAAGAAGGAAACUACAACCGAGGAGGGAGAUGCUGCUGAGGAAGCUAAGAAGAGCAACCAUGUAGUCCGGAAAAUUGAGAAACGUCAGAAGGAUCGUACACUUGAUAGUCACCUUGAAGAGCAAUUCAGCUCUGGUAGGCUAUAUGCCUGCAUCUCAUCCCGCCCUGGUCAAUGUGGCCGAGCUGAUGGGUACAUUUUGGAAGGGAAAGAGUUGGAAUUCUAUAUGAAGAAACUUCAAAAGAAGAAAGGCAAGGCAUCUGGUGCUUCUGCUUAAGUGAUUCUUUCGGUAUGUCCAGACUAGUUUGUGUUAAUCAAGCUUCAAUUUUUGAGAGUUUGUAUACACUACCUUUUACCAUAAGUUCAGAGUGAUGACUGGUCUUCAUUAUUAGCAUUUUUUUGUAGUUUGAAAUUUUACUGCAGUUUUGUCCUACAUUUCAGCGUGUAGUCAUAUAUAAUCACAGGCAGAAAAUACUAUAUUAUAUGGAUUUUAAAUUUACCAUUUUGAAGAAGCUUGGCCAGUUAACAAGUA